CAGGAACAAGUCGCUUGAGCCAUUCGUAACAUACAAUUAGUUAAAGAUUCUUACGCUAACCUUUUGCGACGAAGUGUUUGCAUCUUGCAAACGCCUAAUUUUCUUAUUAUUUCUCGAAUUUUUAAUGUGAUUUCAACGAGAUUUUCAAUUUCUCGAGCCAAAAAGUUGAUCGGUAUCAUUUAUUAACGAUUUCGUACCAUAGUUCUUAAAUUACACUACGUCAAUUACCUAUAUAAUUAAAUAUUUUGAUUCGAUAUCAAAUUUUUUCUCGCAAUUCUUCUCGAGCAAUUUCGAUGCGCCAGUCAUCGGUGACCACUAUAGCGGCUAUCACGUUAACAGAUUAAGAACAAAUGGUAUUUUGAACAUUGAAAGUAUAAUUCGAUCACAAUUCUAUACGUGUUUGUCCAACAAUAAAGCAGAACCGUUCCAUAAGCGUUCCGUGUCUGAACGGAUGAUAUAAAACAACCUCUAAUCGGUAUCAGUCGAACUCCAUAACCCUUCUCCUUAUUCAGAGGGUUAAUAAGAGGGACCGAAUGAAUAUCGUGCUUUCAGUCUGCGCGCAGCAUACAGCUACGUGUACCGGUCACGUUCUUGCUCGGGUCUAGACAAUUUUGUUGCGCAGAAAACUCUUAAGUAUCUGUACGUUUAUUCAAUUCGUUUGGGACCAAUCGUACAACGGUUCGUGAAACAUGUUUGCGGAUAUGGUUUUCUCGUGAAUGAACAGUGUGAACGUCUGAAAGCAUAUAUGAUGGAGAAACAGGUGUUUUUGUUGCUACUCGUUUGUUCGGUAGCGUCUUCACAUUUCUUCGGAGGAAACACGACUAUAUCGAAUAAUCGGGGAUAUGUUUUCAUGGCGCCGAAAGUAUUUCUAGCCGGAGAAGUCGAGCGUGGAUGUCUAUCUCUGCACAAUUUGGAACCACCUGCAUUUAUUACCCUCGAUCUGUUGUCCCCAUCGUGGGUCAAGGAAACGGAACUAUUAGCGACUACCUCCAAUCUUUUGAAAACAGGCACAGAAACAUGCUUGGCGUUAAUGGUGCCGUCAACGAAAUAUCUAAGCGGACGGUUGCGGCUACGAAUAAGCUUCGAUAAUCAUAAUUACACAGUCGACUCCGAGAUAAAAUGUUUCAUCGAGCACGAUUCGUUGCUCACCUUCGUGGAGACGGAUAAAUCGGUGUAUAAACCGGGACAAGAUGUGAACAUCAGGAUCCUCAUGCUUAAACACGAUUUAAAGCCUUGGAAGGAGUCGAUUCCGAAAGUAUGGAUUGACAAUCCAUUAGAGAUAAGGGUAGCGCAAUGGACGAACGUGAAUAUGGAAAAUGGCAUGGCGCAGUUAUCGUUUCCUUUGUCACCAGACCAGAACUCGGGAACAUGGAAAAUCAGAGUGGAGAAGAAGAAAUCGUACCGACACCUAAUCCACACGACCACAUUCGAAGUAAAGAAAUACGUUCUGCCGAGGUUCAAACUGACGAUUAAAUCACCGGGCUAUAUUUUAGCUGAUGCAGAUAAUGUGACGUGGACCGUUUGCGCUAAGUACAGUUAUGGUAAACCUGUUAAAGGUACUUUGCGACUGAAAUCAACUCCACAAACACCGAUGAAAAAUUAUGAGACCAAAGUGACCUCGCUAUACGGAUGUAUCGACUUUGUACUGACUGGAACGGAACUUGGUCUAGAUUGUUACACAGUGGCUCCCAGUAACGUUGUACUUAUCGCGAAUUUCACAGAGGCUGGGACUGGCGUAGAAGAAACUACGAUUAGUCGGACGAAGGUUAUGAAUCAGGCAUUAAAAUUGGAAUUCGAGCCUUACACGCCCAAAUACUUUAGGUUGGGCUUGCCUUACCAUGGAAAGCUGCGUGUUUUACGACAAGAUGAUACCCCGGCUCCAAACGAGAAAAUUCAGCUUUGCUUAAAAGUGCUCGAAAAAGGGGAAUUGUUUCCACACGUGGUGCACUGUCGCAAUUUCAGAUCGUCCGUCGACGGUUUCAUCGAUUUUAUCGUACCUUCGCCUCAUAAAAGCAUCGAUCAAUUGAAUUUUAUUGCCAUCGCCGUUGACUAUCCUACGAAAUAUUAUUCGCCGGACGACCGAUGGAGGGUUUUCAUGGAUCAACCUACGGCACGUAUCGAUGUAGAUCCUUGGUAUUCACCGUCCGACAGUUACUUGGCGGUAGCUCGAGGGAAUCAGCCUAUCGUAUGCGGUGAAAAAUAUUCUUUCAAUGUGAUGUACACAGUAUCGUCGAAGAAUACCAUUAACGAGUCCAUUCCAUUCUAUUAUUCGAUUAAUUCGAAAGGAGAUCUUUUGAUACACGGCCACGUGAAACACAAACCCAGUCGGGACACCAUAUUAAAUUAUUCAGAAUUUCAUAAUAUAUUAGGCGCCGUCGACCCUCCGGACAACCACACGGAACGAAGCAACGUUGUACAUAGAUUCCCGUUAAGCGUAAAAGUCACGCCUAGCAUGGCCCCUGUCUCGGAACUAUUACUUUAUUACGUACGAGCUGACGGGGAAGUCGUUACAACCACGUAUACGAUAGAGGUUGGCCACUGUUUCGAGAACAAGGUGAAAAGUGCUUGGCACACAAAUGUCGAAAUACCGGGUACUGCUACUCAGUACCACGUGGAGGCUGCACCUUGGUCGCUCUGCGGCAUUUCCGCCGUCGACAAAUCAACGCAAUUCAUGGCUGGCUCGAGGAGCAAUCUGAUCGACGCCACUCGAACGUUCGAUGAACUGAAAAAGUUCCAUUCGUCGCCGACGAACUAUUCAGUGCGACCGUGGUUCCACUGCAAACCGCCAAUAUCGGAACAAUCAAUGGAAGAAAUUGAUCACCUGCCCAAUCCUGUGAGAAUGAUUCUAGACCAGUUCGUAGGAAGACGGAAAAGGGACUCGAUGACCGAGAACAGAGGCGUUAACUACGUGGCUGCCUUACAAGAUUUCAUUGAUUUCCGAGUAGUUGUAAUGAGCGACUUGGUGAUAACACGGCCCUGUGAUAUAGCCCGGAAACAUUUCUAUAAGGACUCUUUCACGCGGUUUUCGUUCUACAAACAAAUGUCAAGUGUACCUGAUGCAUCAAGGAUAAUGCAACCUACAGCUGUGCCAUUGAUAAACUAUCUUGCCCAUGACAGUGGUAGGCCAGAAGUAAUUUACGUUGACCAACUGGCUGAUACGACUGCCGCAUUGAGAUCAUACUUCCCUGAAACAUGGUUGUGGGAAUUAGUACCUACAGGGAAAGAAGGUAAAGUUACAAUAGAACGCACUCUCCCGCACACAAUCACCGACUGGAUCGGCUACACAACAUGUAUUUCGCCUGUACACGGUCUCGGUAUUGCACCGCCAACCACUAUAAGAGCGUUUCAACAGUUCUUCCUCGACUACACCUUGCCGUACAGUGUGAAACGCGGAGAAAUGCUGCAUAUGAAGGUGUCACUCUUCAAUUAUAUGCACCAUCGGUUACCUGUAAAGAUUACACUAGAAGAGGCGCCAGGACUCGAUCUGCAUCUGUCGCAUUCUACCGCUUCCUUUUGCGUGAAUUCGCGGGACACCGUUGUCUACGAGUACAUUCUCAGACCUCUGAUCAUCGGGGAAGUUAACAUUACAGUGUCCGCUGUGGUCGACGCUAAUGUCGCCAAUCCAUGCCAACCAGGAGUGUCGAUCGUUACACGAGACGUCAUUGUGAAGCCAGUGCUCAUUCUACCGGAAGGUUACCCCAUCGAAGUCACGAAGUCGGCAUUCAUCUGCCCGAAGGAGUUCAGCGAUGAUUCCACGAUUGUGUGGGACCUGAUACUGCCGGACGACGUUAUUCCGGACAGCGGUAGGGCAUACGUAAACAUGGUAGGGGAUAUACUGGGACCAGCGCUCGAAAAUUUGGACGAUCUCGUGCGACUACCAAUGGGCUGCGGUGAACAGAACAUGAUCCUAUUCGUGCCAAACAUCCAUGUGAUCAGAUACCUGGAAACUGUCGGUAUCGAGAAUCCUGAACUUAGAGCGAAAGCGAUUAAGAAUAUGGAGAAAGGAUAUCAGAGGGAGCUGAAUUAUAGACAUCCGGAUGGCUCCUAUUCGGCAUUCGGAUGGCAGAGCUCAGAAUCCGAAGGCUCGAUAUGGUUAACGGCGUUCGUCUUAAAAUCAUUCGUCCAAGCUCGUGGUCUAAUUUACAUCGACGAGCAUGACUUUUCGCUAUCCGCCAGCUGGUUAAUGAAUAAACAACUGGAAAAUGGCUGUUUCCCCGUGAUAGGCAGAGUGUUCCACAAGGCGAUGAAGGGUGGUCUCGAAGACGACAGUUCAUCGACAGCGCUGACAGCGUACAUUCUAAUCUCCCUUAUUGAAUUUGGAAUAUUGUACCCGACACCGCAACUUUAUAAAACGUUGAAUUGCGUGGAAAAUGGAAUGAACAACACUAACGAAGAUUUAUACGCUUCGGUUCUCUCGACGUACGCGUUCGCUUUGUUGGGACAUUCGAGAGCGAACUACUGGAUGAAAUCACUUAUGGAUCGCGCCACGCGACACAAUGAUCUUCUUUGGUGGGAGGAGAAAUCUAAACCCUCGCUAAGUCUGAGCAUCGAAAUGACAGCGUACGCGGUUCUCACGUUAAUCAAGUUAGGCGGGGAUGAGAAUAUGGUGCACGCUUUCAAGGCUGUCCGUUGGAUGUCGAAACAACGAAAUGCCAAAGGAGGAUUCACGUCCACGCAGGACACGGUCCUUGCCUUGGAAGCUCUAACAAAAUAUGCCGCUGCUAUGAACGUCAACAACACCGAUCUCUCUGUCCUCGUGACAGCGUCGGAAGUGGACCAGGUCUACAGAAUGCAUAACGAUAAUCGAAUGGUCCUAACGCAAAUCAGACUGCCCACUUUACCAACUAUCGUUGAAAUAUUCGCGGAGGGCGAGGGCUGUGUGUUAGUUCAGAGUAACAUUAAAUACAACGUGGCACACGCCACUAGUUCGGAUGCGUUCGAUCUUUCGGUGUCCGCACAUUCUCGGAUCCGCGAGAACGAAUGUGCGGUGCAAGAAAUCACGAUUUGCGCCCGCUACAAAAUGGCGGAUGAAGAAAGUAACAUGGCUGUAGCCGAAGUUGAAAUGAUAAGCGGUUAUGCUCCAGAUCGGACAAGUUUAUAUUCGUUGCUAGGAAAACCAUCGACAAAAGUGAAACGGUUCGAGGAAGACCACAAUGUAGUUUCGAUUUAUUUUGACAAGCUAACCGGUCAGAAGACCUGCAUUUCGUUCACGGUAGUGAGGGAAACUGUUAUCGAUCAUCUGGAGCCAGCGAACGUGAAACUUUACGAUUACUACCAACAGGAAUUGACAAUAUCGAGUAGCUAUAAUUUCGCGCCGACUUGUAGCAGCGCGGAGCCUACCGAAGAACCAUCGACACCGAGUAUAAUACCGAAAGUAACGCUGUUAGCGAAAGAUUCGGUUAUUAUUAAUAAAUUACUUCUACCGGAGGAAAGUUUCAAAGAUAACAAAGCAAUGGAAAAAUCGGCAAAGAACUUUCAGUCCACGGAGGAUACGAGCAAUAUGAAUAAGAUGAACAAUGGAAUCAACGAGGCGGAUAGAAAAUCUAUAACUUCAAGAAAAGAUGAAUCGAUCGCUGGAAUGCGAUCUGUUAAUGAUAAUGUGUCGUUCGAAGAAAACUCGGAUUUAGAAGUUAGAGAGGAAACUUCGGACGUUGUACAGACCACCCAUGACAACAGCAUUGUCAAUCAUUCGAACACUCCACAGGUAGAGUCUGGCAGUGGUUUGACCCCAGAUGAAUUAGACGAGAAUCGCAACAUUAAUUUUGGCGGCGCCGAUCUCAGCGUAAAAGCUUUGGGCACUGGAGAAAAUCCGUCCACGAUUUUCGUGAAAGAAAUAGAAGAUUCAGAGAUGCCAGGGAAUCCAUCCUUUGUUGUAGUGAGUCAUGAAUUAGAAACUCCGGAAGGAGUCGAAGGACCAGUGCCGGUUUACGUAAAACCUGAGAAAUCCGACUAUCAACCGGAAACCGUCAGCAGUGCUAAUAGUCUGCACGAUUCUUCGUUAACACCUCCGGGAGCAAACGAAAACCAAACUUUAUACAAGACAGACAGUGACAUGCAAGUUUCAUCGGUGACAAAAGUGACACAAUCUUGUCCCACGUGUGUCGACAAAUUGACGUUGGACAUUAGCAAUGUUUAUUGCUCGGCGAAUACCGCGGUUAAAGUAGCGAUCAGACGAUUGCGUAAAGCGAGAUUGUUGCUGGACCUGAAUGCAUCCCAAGAAGUUCGACGUCUUCGUGCUACUAUCGAAUUCACUUUGGAUCCGAGUUGUUCCUGCCCCCCCUUAGAUUCCCCCGGAACGUUAGCGUUAAUCAUAAACAAGGACAAGGAUAUCCUUUCGUCUGACGAACAGAAACAAACACUGGACAAUUCAUUUAAUGUAUACGGAUUGCCGAUGGUAACUGGCGUUCCCCCUGAGAUCAUCAUGGCACGAACGACAUUCUGUUUAAAACCGGAGAAUCGGCCGAUCGACGAUUAAAAGCAAAAAACUUGUAUACUUUUUUUUAUCGACAUUCAACACGCAAAUAACAUUGAAUUUUACAGUUGGCUUUCACGAUGCGCCAACAAGCGAGUGCCUCGUUUUAUCUGUAAAUCUCGAUUAUGAAGAAUAUGCUAUUUGCAAACAUCACGCAGGGUGUACACAUAAUUUCUUUGUUCUCUUUCGUGUCUCUUUUUUUUUAUAUACAAACAUGUAAAUUACAUAAUUAACGGUAGAUCAUCUUAUUUUUUAUCGAGUCAAUAAAAUUGUAAAUAAAUUACAAACACUUUUGACGUAA